AUGGGGUCAGUGCAGGAUGAUGCCAGCAGCAACGCAGCGUGGGCAUGGUCGUUGACUGGGUCCCACAUGAACGCAUCAAGCACCCAGUUCAAGCCGAUUUGUACAGCAACUGGAUCGAAGCGUGCCAGGGGAACUGGAACGAGAAGGGGGUAUCGAGCCGAGACUGCUGCCGCUGCCAUGGAGGAGGAGCGGGUCUCGUCCACUAACCGAGUCCUCAACUCUCGAGCAUCCCCCUCUCUGACCUCUGGACAGACUUCCAAGGGGACAGGGGGAGGAGCUGCGGGCGGGGAGGGAGCGCGAGAGAAGCUCAUGUCGCUCAUCGCUGAAGCUCUCGAUUUUCAUGCUGGGGAGCAAGGAGGAGGAGGAGGAUGGGAGGGAGCAGCUGAGGACGGAGAGGCAGCUGGGCCAGUGGAUGUUCAGGCACUGGGCGAGCUGCUGGAGGAUGUGCUGAGAAGGCAGGAGCAGGCGAGCUCGAAGUCCUCGCAUGCUGCUGCUGCCGCUGCCCUGGGCCCCUCGAGGCAGGGGAAGAGGAGGACGGAGGGGUCCAAGGGGAAGGGGAAGAAGAAGAGCAGAAGAUGA